AUGCACCGAGUUGAAUUCGAGGUACUUGGUAAUGGCCCCAUUCUCAGCAUUGCGGCCGAGCGGAUAGACGCAACUCGAUGCCCAACAUCCCAUCUUCUCUUAUUCUGUAUAAAGCUGCAUAGCAUCCUACAAGUUUCUGAGUUCUGUCUCCGGAGGCUCCGUGAAGUGCCCGGGAAACCGGUAACGUCAACGGUUUUCCAGCACAUUCAUCCCAUCUCCAUCUCGAAGUCUCGAAGCCCGUCUCACUGGAUUCUCAUCAAAGUUUUCUACCUGAGUGCUGCCUUUGGUGACCGCUGCUCCAGGAAAAUCGCCAAGGCCAACUCUGAGAUGGAUAUUGGGACGGUCUUGGUGUCCAGCGGCUUGCUGCUGCUCCUGGGCUCGUCAGUCUUACUCCAAUAUAUCUCCUACAACCCCCCGGUCAUCAAGAAUUGCUUCAAAACUGCGUACCAGAAUCUGAUUCUGACUCUCUCGAUCUGCAUCGUCCUGGCGGUGAACAUUGUGACGUUUGUAGGAGCCGCUGUAAGCAGCCUCUAUACUGCUCGUAAUUCGAUUUUCGACGAACUUCGCAAAUUGCAAGAAGCUAGGCAUCCCAUUGCUAAGGAACUCACAGAGGCCAGAAUGAGCAGCUACAUGAAGAGGGUUUCGUUCAGGUCCGAUCCCUGCUCCCGGCCUGGCGCCCCAUGGGGCUCGUAG